AUGGCUUCUAUUCUUGAUAUGUUCAUUCUUGUUCUGUUUGAUUCCACACUAGUUUCAACUAACCCAAAGUCAGUCUCAUCAAAGUUCUCUGGUACUGUGUCAUUCACAUCUGUUAGAUUUGACUUCAUUGAAAUAUUUCCCAAUGUAUCGAAUACAACCACUUCCUCAUCGUAA